AUGUCAUGCAAAAGUACGAUACAGGAAUGGCAUCAUGCAAUAGAUGUUUUGACUUCAUCGGCAGCAGAUUUUCCAAGCAUGAAAGAUGAAAUUCUUCAUAUUCUCAAGUAUAGCUAUGACAAUUUAAAUGGAGAGGUGGCGAAAUCAUGCUUUCUUUAUUGCUCUCUUUUUCCUGAAGAUUAUCUUAUAGAUAAAGAGAGAUUGAUAGAUUACUGGAUAUGUGAGGGGUUCGUAGAUGAAAACCAAGGUAGAGAAAGGGCAAGAAACCAAGUUUAUGAAAUACUUGGCACUUUUGUCCGCGCGUGUUUAUUGGUGGAAGGAGAGAUGAAGAAUAUAUCAUAUGUUACUAUGCAUGAUGUGGUACGUGACAUGGCUCUAUGGAUAGCAUCUGAUCUUGGAAAUGAUAAGGAGACGUAUAUUGUACAAGCAGGUGUUGGAUUACGCAAGAUGCCAAAUGUCAAGAAUUGGCAGGGUGUGAGAAAAAUGUCAUUGAUGCGUAAUAAUAUUGAAAUGAUAUGUGGCAGCCCGGUAUACCCUAAUCUUACAACUUUAUUCCUUCAGAAAAACAAAUCAUUGGUUUAUAUUUCCGCUGGAUUCUUCAUGAAUGUUCCAAUGCUAGUUGUGUUGGAUUUGUCAGGCAAUUUAUGCCUCUCUGAGUUACCGCUGUUUCAGUUGGUCUCGUUACGGUAUCUUGAUUUGUCACGAACAAGCUUGGAGCGAUUUCAUGUUGGUUUACAAGAGUUCAAGAAACUAAUCCACUUGAAUCUGGAGUCCACAGGGAAGCUUGAGAGCAUUUCAGGUAUAUUAAAUAUGUCAAGUUUAAGGUCACUUGGACUACAAGGAUCCAGCAAGACGCUAGAUAUGAGCUUGCUCAAGGAGCUGCAGCUCCUGGAAUAUCUAGAAAAGCUAACCAUUGAUAUCAGUUCAGGGAUAGUUUUGGAGCAACUGUUAAGCUCUCACAUGUUGGUGAAACGCAUUCAGAAGCUAGGCAUCAACAACCUUGGAGAAUCAAUGAAAGUAUUGACAUUGCCUACUACGUGGGAUCUACGUAGGCUCAACCUAUCAGCAUGCAGAAUGAGGGAAAUACAGAUUGAGAGGACAACAUUUUCGUUGAACAAUACUGGUCUCACAACAACAACUCCAUGCUUCUCAAACCUCUCCAGAAUCGAUAUAAGUAUAUGCUAUCUUCUAAAAGAUUUGACGUGGCUGGUUUUUGCUCCAAACCUUCUUCAUCUUAGAGUUACUUGCUCACAUCAUUUGGAAGAGAUAAUAAGCAAGGAAAAAGCAGUAAGGGUUCCUUUUCAAAAACUAAGAAGCCUUUACUUAUCUCAUUCACCUAUGUUGAAGAGCAUUUACAGGAGUCCUUUGUCUUUUCCAUGUUUAAGCAAGAUAAGCAUUGAAGGUUGUCCGAUGCUGACAAAGCUUCCAUUAGAUUCUAAUAGUGUUGUCAGGUUUGAAGUAUUUUUCUUAGAAUACAGAGAGGAGGAGUGGAUCAAAGAGGUUGAAUGGGAAGACGAGGCCACUCAAUUGCGUUUCUUGCCUUUCUGUAAGCUUGUCCCUGACCUGACAAUAAUGCCAAAUAAAUCUAAUACCCAUACUGAAUCGAUAAAUAGUGUAGCAGGCAGCAGUCAGUAA